GUCAGGUUGGCAACUGUGCAGUCUUAGCAUAACAUUAAGAGCUGCAGACGGCAAAGCCUAAUUUUCGAGUCUGCUUUUCCGGAAAACACGGGGGUAUGCGGAGGACAGCCCUGGUGUUGUGCCUCGGGUUGAGUCUGGCCCUGGGCGAGGACUAUGAGGUGGACUGCGGCACCCUUCGGAUGGGCCAGUACCUGUGUCCCGAUCCUGCCAUCGACCACAUCGAUCCACAGACUCAACAGCCCCGCAACUGCACCCCGGAAAACAAAGCCCUUGUUCACUGCAGGGCGGCGCCUGGCAUAUUAUGCAGAGAAACAAAUAGCUCGAUUUUCAUGCGCGACAUACCAUGCGAGUGGACAAAUGGGUACUCGUUCGAAACCGCGUUGCUGCUGUCAGUGUUCCUGGGGAUGUUCGGCGCGGACCGCUUCUACCUCGGCUACCCCGCGCUGGGCUUGCUCAAGUUAAGCACGCUGGGCUUUCUCUUUCUCGGUCAGCUGGUCGACGUGCUGCUAAUCGCCACGCAGGCCGUGGGCCCAGCUGAUGGAUCGGCCUACGUAAUGCCCUAUUUUGGGCCCAAAGUGAUCUCCAUUCGAGUCGACAACAGCACGUUCAAACUGCCCCAAGAAGACUGGCCCUAAGUGCAGAGAAUCGCUGGAUGCACUGCUAGUUUUAAGUUCGGAGAGCUGCUCUUUGUAAAUUUUAUGGCAGAGAUCGUGUUUCUCAGCACAAUAAAUCAAAUUUUAUGCAAGAUUCAUUCAAAUUCACCCAUGAUCCGCGCUUUUUUCGAAUCUUUUCCAACGUGCAAGCCGUCUGCCGGUCCGUAUUACGCUUUUUCGGUUAUAGAGAAAGCUUCCUAAUAUGUGUCCAUCUCUGUGUAAAGCAAUGAAUGUGAACUGUAGCAUUGGCAACUUGGUGUUUGGCUCACACGUCCAUUUUAACAAUAAUUUACUAACUUUUGAGAUCCCUGGAAAAAUUGGGAUCGCGAUUCAAACGGCACACUGCACGAAUAACAUUUUCUGAGCGCUGCUUCAUCUUCUUUAAAACAAAGAGGCUUCCGUUUUGUUCUUGCAUACAGCAUUAUAAUUGACUGCAUUGCGGCACAAUAAAUUAUUUGCUGCCUUUUAUAUUUUUAUCGCUUUUGUAUAAAAAUUGUGAGUAGAAAUAAAAACUGAUCACUGUACAGAAGAA